UCUUAGCUAAUAAGUAUCGAAACUCUUUUACUCCGUUCUACGCGAUAUUACUUUGGUUAUAAUAUUUAUCACAUUUCGUCAUAAAUAAUAUCGUGUUAACUACAUGUAUAAAUUUAAUUAAAAACACAAAAUAUUUCUUCAAUUGACAAAUAUCUUUCAAGCAAUCUAUCUUUCUGAGAAAUAUAACCUGUCAUGCGUAAGAUUAUAACCUAUACUAGCCUACAUAUUGACAAUAUAGGUAUAUGAUGGAGGACAUUGUUUCCUCCAUAUUGCAUUCAUAGUUCAUAUUUUGUCCAUGUACAUCGCUGUAGUCACACAUGCCUUGAUCGAAAGAUGAUAAAUAAUUUUGAGCAACAAUUCUUCUUCAUUCGUAUCGAAAAUAUCUUGAUAUACGAGCGUAAUAUUAAAACCGUCUUGUCGGAAAUAUUACGAACUUUAGCCGUAAAAGAAUUAUCGUAGUAUUGUGCAAAAAAGUUUUAAUUUUUGUACAAAUAAUAUAAUGAAAAUUCUACAUAUUUAUUAAAUAAUUUAGAGUAGAAAUGGAGGCAACAGUAGAAGAAAACUGUGAAAUAUUAACCGCAACGUCUUCAAUAAAAGACUUCAUACAAGUUUCAUCUAAUUGGAUGAUCGACGGAAAGAAAUGUUAUGUAGAUACUAUUACAACAAUACCAUUAUCACUUGCUCCAGAGAGUAUAGAUUUAGAUGAUAUAAUUUCUUUGGAUACAUGUAUUUAUUUACGUUCGACGGAACAAGUGAAAGAACCAUGUACAUUGGACAUAAAAUUAACAAAUAAUCAAAAAAUAUCACGUAUUAUAAUUCUCUCUGAAGCGUACGUCUUAGAAUUUUUUAAACAAUACGGAGAAUAUGCAACUACAGUCUUUGCAGAACAAAUAGAUGAGUUUAUAGGAAGUACUAUAUAUUUAGCAGAAAUGAGUUUAGAACAUCCUAGUACUGAGGCCAGUAUUAAAUUUACGAAAAUAAAAAAUGCAGAACCCAUGUUAUGGAUAUUCGGUAUAAAACUUAUAUUGACAGAAUCUGUUAAAGAAAAUAAAUCAGAGAUACUUGAUUAUACAAUAACAAAUUUUCUGAAUAACUUAAAUGGUUCAACACAGCAAAAAGAAAUUUUAGCUAAUAUAAUGUUAGAAUCUUUUAAACAAGAAAAUAAUCCUGUAAAUGAUGAAAUUAUACCUUUAAAAAAUCUUAUCAUUUCCAAUACUUUACAAAUACAAAAUAAUAAUAAAAAUAUAACCGAAGAGACCAAAAAAGUGGAUCUUAAUUGCGAAGAUGAUUGUAAAAAUGUAGAAAUUACAAACAUUGAAACAUAUAUUAAUAAUAAAUUUCAUGAAAUGGAAAAAAGAACUAUGCACAGAUUAAAUGAAAUUGAACAGAAUAUUAAUCAAAAACUAGAUACUAUACUUAAGAAACUUGAAGUGAAAUUAAAAUGAUAAUAUUUAUGAACACUUUUGUAUAUAGUUUUCAUAAUUUAUCAUAACAUAAUACUGUUUUAAUUAUAUUUCAAUACCUUAUUUCUAUUGUAUUCUUAUAAAAAUGACCAACUUUAUUUAA